GUUAGAGACAGUUAGAGACAAAAGUAGCUUCGUUUCUUUCGUAUUUGGUUCUUGCUUGGACAUUUAUGCAUCGCAGAAGGCGCUUUAGAGCCCACUCAGCAGUCUCAGUCUAACUUGGCUUUCUCUUUGUCGCGAAAGGAGAGAGUUCCAACCUCCAACCCUCCAGUAUGAUCCAGGUCCAACUAUUCUUCAGCCCUUAGUAUUAACCAAGUGGAAGGCAGGCAGGUUUUGGUUGAUCCUGUUUUCCUUUUUCGAAAGGCUCCAAGUCGUCUGAUACGGCGUCGGGCCGAAUUCUACUAAAAUGAUAUCAAUUUAAGCUACUAGAAUUGAUUGGCUGUGUUUCUGCUGAACAGAACACACCAAAUCGGUCAUCUCAAUCCGCUCAUCAUGAUGAACGAAAGCAGUGCAAUCUGUCCCAAACUGGACAGCUGUUCCACGUCGUGGAGUUCAUCGUCCACUGAGGGCCCCGAUUCUCCGGGGAUGUCUCCUUGUGGCAGUCCAAUUUUGGAGUCAUCAGGCCUAUCUUUGGAGACUAAAAGGAUUACUGGAUCCACUGUAGCCUCAGGUUCAAAUCGCUCUGCUCACCCCUCCGCCCAUCGAGCCCAAUUUGAGAUAACAUUUUUGGAUUCGGCCCCCGGUCCUGGCCGAAGUUCGAAGACAUACACCUUGAUGGUGUGGCCACUUCAAAAUGGCCAGAAGCUAUCGAGCGAAGGGUCAAUCAUCAAAAGAACCUUCGAUGAAUUCAUUCAACUGCACCAAUCUUUAUCCUCACAAGUGUCCCAAUUGGGCGUGAUAGUGCCUCCGGUGCCGGAUGAAAUCUCCCGAACUGUUCCCUUCCGAUUGGGUCUUGAUUUACCUUGGAACAAACUGGAGGAGGAAAGACUUUGCUAUUUUAUUCGCAAAUGCUUAAGUCAUCCAGUGAUCGCGGAGAUAUCGAUAUUGUCAGACUUUUUUCUAUCCACUAAAACUCCCACCUUGAAGCCACAGUUUCCGGUGAAGGUAUUUUUCUCUGGUCUUUACAAGGGUUUCAAGGGUCGGCCCAAAAGCAGUCACCAGAAUGAGCCGGAUCUUUUUGGUAAAGAAAGGCAAAGAUCUGAGACCUACUGCCAGCACUUGCUGUCAGUUCAAGAGCGUCUCCAUCGGGUUUUGGAUGUGUCCAACAAACUAUCGCAGAAACUUCUUCUUCUAGCUGCUGUUGAACUAACAACGUCUAGAGUGAGUGAUGAUGUGAAUGUCAAUUUCUCUCAAGCAUUCAUUCACGAGGCCACGUUGCUCCAAGACAAAAUAUAUGCUUCCCAACGAUAUCUGGGUUCAUAUUUGGCAACCUUUGUCAAGUACUUUGAAUCAGAGGUCAAAGCAAUUGGCCAAAGAGAUGCUUUAAUAGAACAAGACGGAGAGUUGUCGGACGAGCCAUCGCAACUUGCACUCUGCACUCAACGAGUUGGCACAGAAAUUAGACAAUUUCAUGUGGAAAGAGUAAGACGAAUGAAAGAGACUUUACUUUCUUAUUCAGUGAGCAAUGUGAAGUAUUCCAAGGCCAUCGUUAAUGAAGUGUCUAUUUGGCUCUCAAACAUGCCUGACGUGGCUGCCGCCAAAAGUGCCCAUACAUAAUAAAAAGAUUGAAGAAAUUAUAUGUAUAUGUAGCAUUGUUACGAAGUGAUAGAUUUGAUAUCACCAAGCCAACAAAAUAUAAUUGGAGUGUUGGACCUCCCUUGCCGUUAUGUUCACAAAUAAUCAACUAAUGAAACCGAAUCAAAUUCUGCCAACGGAUUUUCCGUGGCUCAACAAGAAAAAUAUUUCAUUUAUUAGCACACCCAAACAUGAUACCAACACCCUGACCAACUGUACCAUUAGACAUUCCUUGUUCGGAGUUCAACCUCCGAUAAGUAUCAUUGGCCGGUUAGCAGACUCUUUGAUUUUGAGCAUACCUGCAUGGCGCGGCUUUUUCUUCAUGACCGCUUCACCGAUGAGUUCUUUGAUAUCAUCUUUGUUCAGUGCCGAAUCUCGGAGAGCAUCUCGGAGGUUCAAUUCGGUGUUUCCAAAAAGGCAUACCUUGAGAUUGCCAUCGGCUGUCAAUCUCAACCGAUUGCAAGAUCCGCAAAAGUUCUUACUCAUGGACGUGAUAAAACCAAUUUGUCC